AUGGCUGAAGAUGACUCUCGACCUCUUCAGAUUGAGUUAACCAAGGCCGAUAUGAGCGAGUUGUACACGGUCAUAUCAAACGGAAGUUGUUGCGUCUUUCCGGAAAAGCUGCAAGACACUCUCAGAGCCGUUAUUUUGUCUGCUCUCGCACCAUCGACGAGUCCGCGUCAUCCUGAGCCGCUAUCCUCGACUUCAUAUUCUGAAUCAAAUGCCACAACGCCUCCGAGCACCCCCGGUUCCUCAUCGCGGGCACUACAAUCAACCAGCUCAAAUGCCGCACCGACUACUCCCCCCAAGAAAUCGCUGCAAGCCGGAGAUAAACGGCCAGCGGAGUCUCCCCUGAGUCCGCUACUGGACGAUCAUGACGAAUCGAACCCUGAUCCUGGUAGCCCUUCACGCCGGCGCAGCAAAAGGCACAAAUCGUCCGUGGGUCUUGACGAAGAGGACUUCAUCCAAGAUCACACCGACACUUCAUUCGACUCGGAUUCUGGGGACUCGAAUCGCCAGAGUAAUGUAAAGCAGACACCCUCCCAACGAGCGACGUCAAAGAAGUCUGCUCCAGCUUCACUCCGUAAACGCGUGGAGCAGAACUCGCCCCAGCAUGGAAGGUGUAUCAUCACCAAUAUCAAAUCGCCCGAAUGCACCGUCCAAAUCUCGCAUACUCUACCACGCUCUUAUUCUGCGGACGAGGAUCUUAUGGAGAAUAUCGAAGUGGCAGAUCAAGUACCGCCGCGGCGUUUUAACGCGGACUCUUCGUCGAAUGCUACCACAAUGACAGCGGACUGGCACUUAAUGGCGGAUAAAGGUCUAUGGGCACUAUGCCCAGAUCACAGAGUCAUUCGGAGCGUCGCUCGAGCCAUGCAAAAGCUCGCGAAGAACUGUCCAAAGCCUGACAAAAACAUGGUUUCAUUCAGAAGUCGAUACCGCCCCAGAACGUCGGGCAGACGCCUUCGGUUCAAAUAUUACCUUUUGUGUCUCGACGAGGAGUCAAUGAAGACGGUCAAUCUCUACAGACGAACAGAUGAUGGAACAAAUAAUUCCCUCGUGGACACACUCCAUCAAUUUCCCUUCACUUCGCUCGGAAAAGUCAAGUCCCAGAUAUAUCCGCAUUUUGCGAUCUUUGAGCUUGGUAAAAAAUUGGACAAGAUCCUAAAGGGUUUAAGUACCACAGACCAGGUGCUGUUCAAGAAGAAACUAACGACAAGCUGGAUGCGUGCUGGUGGCGAGCCCCAAGACAAUCAAAAUGUCCUGGAGGAUAUUCUUCAGGUAUACAACACGAUGAGGCAAGCGUCCAAGUUAUUUUAUAAGAAGCCUGGACAUCGUGCUCUUUGGAAAGCGCUUUAG